GGCGAUGUCUCAAGGGGCAAGAGUGGUGCCAGAAGGGGUUCCCCUUUGGCAACCAGAUGAAAGCGCGCGAGAGUGCCCCUUCUGUCAUCGCAAAUUUACGUUUUUCAACCGCAGACACCACUGCCGGAAGUGUGGCCGCGUGGUCUGUGGCGACUGCUCUUCUGUGUUUACGUGCUACUUGCCCAACACCUAUGUUGUAUCGCCGCAGUCCCAGAUGUUUCUGGAAACCCCCCACGUACCGCACAGAACGUGCGACGAGUGUGCUGCAGAACUGGAAAGACAGGGCCACAGAAGCCAGCCGAUCGACAUGAUCAAGAGCUCGUCCGCUAGAGAAGACACCUUAGCCCUGGAGAACGACGAGAACCUGUGUCCUGUGUGCAACAUUGACCUGUCAGACGAGACAGAUGCCGGCCGCGAGCAGCACAUCAACAACUGCUUGCACUUUUUGGAGUUCACCGGCUCGCCGGACUCUAAGAGACAAACUAAUAGAAUGCUGGUAUACACGCUGGACGCCAACGUUCGAGUUAACGAGGAUAAUGAGUGUGUCAUUUGCUUUGAGGAGUUCCACGCGGGGGACAAGGUUGGCAGGCUAGAGUGUUUGUGCUGUUUCCAUUACAAAUGCAUCAAGGACUGGAUCAACCGUAAAGGUGCGUGUGAGUGUCCUGUGCAUGCCGUGGCUGUGUCCGUUUAGACGAGCGUUAUGAGGUUAUGGAAGGUUAACGGGUAAUUUAAUGGUAUUUAAAAAAUGUGUAGAGUUGACGAUAUUUCG